UAAGAGGAGGAGGAGCACUGUGAGCAACUGUGAGAACCUCAAAUCCUGCAAGACAAGUACCAAUUACUUUGGUUAAAUGUUUGCUGACGAAGGUGGCGAUCGUGGCGAUAAUAGUUUGUGUAGAUUUACGUAAAUAUUGUAUAGCGAAACAUAAAGCACGGAUUGUGGUUAGGCUACCGUGUGCAAUAAGUGUCUACGAAAAUUUGCUUGAUUUCCAUGAACAGUAAUGGAAGAUGAAGAUUUGCAACAGAUUAGAGCCAAACGGUUGGCUCAGCUGGAAUCACAGUACAGGGGAGGUUCAGAUGCUAAUGGAACAGAAGAGAGGAGGAAGCGGGAACAAGAUGAGAUGAAAAACACAGUCCUCACUCAGGUCCUCACUCAGUCAGCACGGGCACGACUUAAUACACUGAUGAUCGGGAAACCAGAAAAAGGCCAGCUGGUGGAGAACAUGCUUAUUCAAAUGGCUCGCACGGGCCAAAUAAUGGGCAAACUCAAUGAAAGUGAAUUAAUAGACAUUCUAGAAAAAGUCAGUGAGCAGAUGCAACAGCGCACAACAGUUAAGUUUGACCGUCGUCGUGCAGCUGUUGAUUCUGAUGAUGAUUAUUAAUGGUGUUCUCUAAGUCUGAUAAUGUGGAAGAGAUGGCCAUCACCACAAAUGCAGUGGCUGAAGAAUAAAAACUUACAGUGCAGUGUGAUUCAUUCGACACCAACACAAGUAACACUGAUACAGUCUAGUGCUUAAUCCACAGCAAAAACUUAUUCAUAUGCUUUAAUAAACCACUGUAAAUAACUUAUAACUUACUCUCUGCCCAUAAAAUAUAUGGCUUCUUAUUUUUAUUAGUUGUCUUUCUAUCUAAUUUCUCUCCAAAAAUCUGAAGAAGAAAAUAUGUGAAACCAUAAUAUUAACUGUAAUUUAGGCAUGAAAUAUGGUCUCCUACUAAGGGAAGACCAUUUGAGAACAAAAUACUGGGGAAGUUAUUUUUUGACAAAUUCAUGUAUGAUAAGUAGCACACAGUAAAACCGGAUAUUUGUACAGAAUUUUGAUAGGAUACCCCCAAGGGAAUAAACCAAAUGGGGAACUAAAACAUAUACAGGGAUAAUAUUUUAAAAAUUAUAUGUAGUUGAAAAUUGGAUUUAAUGGGCUCACGGGAAGGUCCAUUGCUGGCUUCUUGUUUAUAUGGUGAUGAACAUUCAGCCAGGUCCAGAACAAGCCAACUAAGCUGAGUAUCUGUACAUUACCUGCAUCAGGGAGUUAAUUUCAUUUCCUUGGUAUACUUAUUGACACUAUAAAUUGUGUUGGUUAUAUAGUAUUGAAUGAAAAACAGUUAUUGUGAUUAGUGAAUUUUGGAGGACAUCUGGGGCCAAAAUUUCACAGGAGGGACAACUCCACAAUAUGUGGCCUGUCACCCAAGAUCUAUACUGGAACCUCCCAAAUAUAAAGCAGGUGGUCUACCCUGUAACAUCUAGUAAAUCAAUACAGAUUAAAGAAUGACUCCACCAUAACCUUACUAUCUGAAGAAAAACAAUAAUAAAGUUAAUUCUGAUCAAGACGAAAGACAGGAAGGUAUUGCAAUAUGAAAAAUGAGGAAAUGUACAGUUCUUGGAUUACGUGUGCUGGAACCUGUUUCAGUUCAACAUGAAAACAGAAUGGAUACUUAUAUUUAAAAAACAACAUGUAUUAAAUAACAUGAAAGAUAUAACUUACAAUACACUUUCAGCUACAGAACUCAUUCAUAUGCAACAGAGGUUUCUAAAACAUUUUUAUGUACACCUCACAUUGUGGUAGCUCAGCAUUUCACUGUAUAAUGUUCAGUUGACAUAAAUCAAUUAAAAGAGCUAGUAAAAAGACACAGUGUUCCAUUUUAGGAUUCUGAAGGUUUCUUGUCAUAUGAGUACCAUUCAUACUAUUGACAGAUAUGAAAAAUUGCAGUAAUGUUUCAAGAGUUAUGGUCAUGUUAUCUACAUGCUUCAUGUGAUUGUUAUGUUAUUCAUCUUAAUGCAGAUUUAACACUUCUCCAAGACCCAUCAUCGGACAAAAUUGCAAGAUGCUUCUAUCUCACAAGUUUGCACAAGUACAAUUUUGAUAUAGCUGAU